UUUGGGAUUUUUCAAUGAAUUGCAACGGGACGGAAAUUCUGUCUGUGCCGUGCUGCGGAAGCGGAAACUGAGGGAAGACCGAUUCUUCUUGUACGAUUUGGCGGCACGUUUUCCCUUUCUCUUGUGUGGACAGCCUUUACAUAGAAUUAGAGCCGAUCCUAGCCAGCUGCUGCAGAAGAGAGCGGCGCCAUGUCCCUGACAUGCUAUAUCAGUAACGAGGUCACAGACCGUCCUUGUGUCUCUCCCUUGUCGGGUCACGUGUUUGAUAGACGCCUCAUCGAGAAAUAUUUGGCUGAAAAUGGGACAGAUCCAGUGACCAAUCAGCCUUUGAAUGAAGAGCAGCUGAUUGACAUCAAAGUUGCCCACCCAAUUCGCCCUAAGCCACCAUCUGCUACCAGUAUCCCAGCAAUCUUGAAGUCUCUGCAGGAUGAAUGGGAUGCUGUAAUGCUGCAUAGCUUUACUCUGCGACAGCAGCUACAGACCACUCGCCAAGAACUUUCUCAUGCUCUCUAUCAACACGAUGCUGCUUGUCGUGUCAUAGCCCGUCUCACCAAGGAGGUAACAGCUGCACGUGAAGCUCUGGCGACUCUGAAACCUCAGGCUGGCAUUUCUGUUCAGGCCAAUCCUACACCACAAGCAGGGGCAGCUGGCUCUACAGAAGCCAUGGAUUUGGGAGAACUGGUGGGAAUGUCAGCGGAGAUCAUACAGAAGCUUCAAGACAAAGCAACUGUGCUCACCACGGAGCGUAAGAAGCGGGGCAAGACUGUCCCAGAGGAUCUAGUGAAACCAGAGGAGCUGAGCAAGUAUCACCAAGUCUCGUCCCACGUGGGGCUACACAGUGCCAGUGUCCCUGGCAUCUUGGCUUUGGAUUUGUGUCCUACAGACACCAACAAAACCCUCACAGGCGGAGCAGAUAAGAGUGUGGUGGUGUUUGAUGCUACAUCGCAGCAGAUCCUGGCAACACUUAAAGGUCACACAAAGAAGGUCACCAGUGUUGUGUUCCACCCUUCACAGGAGCUAGUGUUUUCUGCCUCUCCCGACUCUACUAUACGUGUCUGGUCUGUGCCAGGGGUUUCCUGUGUUCAAGUGUUAAGAGCUCAUGAAGGUGCAGUGACUGGUCUGAGUUUACAUGCAACUGGAGAUUACCUAUUGAGCUGCUCAGAUGACCAGUAUUGGGCAUUCUCUGACAUCCAUGCAGGACGUGUUCUUACCAAAGUAACAGAUGAGACAUCAGGAUGUGCUUUAACCUGUGCUCAAUUCCAUCCCGAUGGACUCAUUUUUGGCACUGGGACCAUGGACUCUCAAAUUAAGAUCUGGGAUCUAAAGGAACGAUCUAAUGUGGCAAACUUUCCUGGCCAUUCUGGUCCUGUAUCAUGUGUGGCAUUCUCAGAAAAUGGAUAUUACUUGGCAACUGCCGCUGACGACUCCAGUGUCAAAUUGUGGGAUUUGCGAAAACUAAAGAACUUCAAGACUCUGCAACUGGAGGAGGGAUACCAGGUGCAGUCCCUGGUGUUUGAUCAGAGUGGUACGUACUUGGCAGUUGGAGGGACAGAUAUCCAAGUUUAUAUCUGCAAGCAGUGGGCUGAAGUUUUGCAUUUCACAGAUCACAGUGCACUGACCACAGGCCUGGCCUUCGGGCAGAAUGCAAAGUUUUUGGCAUCCACAGGAAUGGAUAGGAGUCUACGCUUCUACAGCCUUUGAACUUUCAAUGACCAGUGCUAAUGCUGUGUGAAGCCACACCUGUGGCAUUUCUCAAGUUAACCAAGCUUAUGACAUGUAACACUCUUACAAUAUAUGUGCAACACCUGUGUGGUUGCUGACUGAA